AUGGUGUCCGUUAGAAAGAGAAAGAUGAAUCGCUCGUCGGUGAGAAAGGCCACGAGACGAGUUAAGGACAAGCACAGAAAGAUUAAUGUUAGAGGCAAUCCGAUCAUUGCUGCCAAUUGGGAUUAUGAUGCCACUCUUGCCCAGAAUUACAAACGUUUAGGACUUGCCGUGAAGUUGGAGACCCCUGCUGGUGGUGUAGAGAAGGAUUUCACAAAGGAUGACGACAAAGAAGAAGAAGAAGAAGAAGAAGAAGAAGAAGAAGAUAAGGAUGAUGAUGAAGAGGAAGGAGAAAAACCGCAAGCCGCAGAAAGUAGCAAUAGUAAAGGUGAUAUUGAUGCUUCGGAAAUCCCACAUGGCGAAGCAAGAAUCAUUAAAGAUGGUGCCGGGAAGAUAAUAAAGGUGAUUCACGGGACCAAGAGAGUUGACAUUGAAAGCGAUAGCGAGGAUGAAUAUGCCCCAGUGAAACCUAAGACCAAAGUGGUGGAAGAAUUGGAGGCUUAUGCUAAUAGAGAACUAAUAACCACCGAAAGAUACCAAUCGACUAGAGAACAAGAUUGGUUGAAGGAAUUGUAUGAGAAAUAUGGUGAUGAUUAUGAGGCGAUGAAGUGGGAUAAGAAGUUGAAUAUUAACCAGAACAGUGCUGGGGAUUUGAAAAAGAAGUUCAAGAAAUGGAAGAAGACCAAUAAGAUUACUUAG